GAACUUUCCCAGCAGCUGGACAUGGAGCCUAGAAGAGGCAUGCCGCUCGAGGCUCAGAAGCAGGCUUUGCAAGGAGAGCUGUCCAGUCUGCGUGGGAAGUGUGAAAACCUGGAGAAGAGCAAAUGGCAGCUGCAAGAAGAGGUGGCAGAACUCGAUCAUCGUUUGGAGACUUUGGUGCUGGAUGGCAGCCAAAGAGAAGAAUGUAAAAGAGAGGUAGAAGAACCAACUGACCAGGAAAGAAGUCAAAAGCUACAAGACGUCAGCCUCGUUUUGCAAGCACAGGCAGCCAACCAGGCCCCAUUAGGACAAAUCAGAGACAGUCAUUGUGAUUCCGUGAGAAUCCAGUUGGAAGACAGAAUUAGAGGCCUCGAAAGUGAAUUGGACAGGGUAAAAAGAACCCAACAAGAGAGUGCUUCUCGUAAAGAAGCAACGCAGGCAGAAAUGACGAUGUACAAAGACCUGUAUCUGGAGGAAGUGAAAACCAGAAGAUGCCUAGCCAAGAAAGGAAAGGGUCUGAUGGAGUUGCCAAGACAUUCUCCUUGA